AUGGCGGAAGAAGGAAAAUCGCCGUCGUCGCCGGCAGCCGCCGAUGCGCAGCUCUUUGGGCUGCUAUCCACUCUCCUGCAACAGGUGGAGUCAUUGACCAAUCAAGAAGAAGUCGAGUUGCGUGCCAAGAUCGAGGCCCUUGGUUUGGAGGUCCGAAAACUCCCUCCUAAAUCUGCUCAACAUCUUAAUCAGAUGGAGAUAGAAAAGGAGCUGGACAAAUUAUCUGCAAAGCUUGAUAACGUGGAUGAGAUGAUAUCCUCAGCCAUGGCCACAGAUCCACAAGUAAGGGCUCUACUGAGCACAACUGCCGAUGUGUGGAUGCCCGUUAUAACUGCAACUUCUGAUGAAAGGCGUAAUUUUAAAUCUGUCUCUGGAGAAGAUGACCUUCAAGACAAAGGAAAAGGGUCUGCGUAG